AUGCUUGUAAAUAGAAUUAAAGAUUUGAAGAGGUGUGUGAUACCAAUCACAAACUCUAGAACAUUGAUUAGGGUCACUGGACAGGACUCUGUAAAGAUGCUGCAGGGAUUGACAACAAACAACAUUGCUAGACUUGUUGAUGUACAACAUACAAACCCAGGAUCAUUGUACACUGGUUUCUUGUCGGCCAGUGGUCGUUUGUUGUUUGACGCCUUUGUACUACAUGAACAACAUGCGUCAACUAUAACAUCAUCGGCGUCUAGUGUGGCCAAGGUGGACAACAGUGCAAACGAGACUCUACUGAUCGAUGUGGACUCUGAAGUGGCGACCCGUGCAAUCGAGCACUUAAACUUCUACAAGAUGCGCAACAAGCUCAAGAUUGAGAAUGCAACGUCAGACUAUUCCAUCCUGACCGUGUUGGACAAGACAUACAAGUCUGUUAGAGACGACAAGUUGUUUGUACAUUUGAAAGAGGAGAAUUGCACAGUUCUAAUGGACCCACGUCAUCAAUUGAUGGGUCUAAGAUUAUUAGUACCAUCAUCAAAGGCUUCUGCCAUCAACACUGUACUCUCAGCAUUCCAUCAAGAGACAGAGGAUGUAUAUCAACUGUAUCGUGCACAGAAUGGUAUACCACAAGGAUUGAAGGACUAUUCAUUCGACAAGAUCAUUCCUCUAGAGUACAACUUUGAUCUGCUGAAUGGUGUUGACUUCCACAAGGGAUGUUACUUGGGCCAGGAGCUCAUGUCGAGGACACACUACACCGGACUGAUUAGAAAGAGAGUGUUCCCCGUGGUCAUGUCACCGGCCAAUGGCAACAAGUCCAACCUGGAUCCAGCGAGAAAGGAGCAUCAUUUGUUGUUCUCACAAAAGGUGUUGGACUCGAUCGAUGUACAAUCACCCGAGAAGGACUCGGAGCUCAAGAUCACUGUGGAUGCAUCAACAGUGUCUUCACCAUUCAAUGAUCCAAGCACUCCAUCCACUGCUCCCCCUUCAAGAUCAUCAGAGAAGUUCCUCUCUGGCUACAACAAUGUCGGACUGGCAAUGAUCAAGGUGGACCACAUCGAUGCAUCCUCAUUUGAUUCAACAAAGAUAAUUGACAACCAAGGAAGGCCAUUGCAAGUGAUUGAACCAUGUUGGUGGAGCAAAGUAGUUGGCUUGCAAGUGCCAGUCCAGGCUGUUAGCUAA